AUGUACAACCGCGGCCCAACAACUUCUUCUCCCUACCUCUUCCCCUCCCCAACCCCCUGGCACAACCCCACAACCCUCCCCGCACCUGUACCGCCGCCAGUCGACCCCCGUCCCUUACCACCAGGCUGGACACAAUCCUACGAUCGUUCCACAAACCACUAUUUCUACACCGACACGAACAUCAACCCUUUCAAAUCCUUCUGGGAACAUCCCGGGGAUCUGGGUUAUGAUCCUGGGGUAUAUGGUAGGAGAUUUACGUAUGAUGAGGUUUUGGCGGCUAGGAAGAGGGGGUAUAGGAUUUCACAUGGGAUUGAGUGGUUGAGGAACUUGAGGGUGCCGAGGGAGGCGAAGGUUCAGUGGAGGUGGAGGGAAGUAGAGAGGAGGGGUGGGAGUGAGGAUGAUGAGGAAGAGGAUGAGGAAGAGGUUGAAGAGAGGGAGGAUAGGAGGAGGAGGAGGAGAAAAAGGGGAGAUAGGAGCCGUAUAAAGUCUCAAUCAAGAUCCAGAUCGAGAUUGGAAACGAGACAUAGAUCAUCUGAAGACUAUGAAGAUAUUAGACCGCGUUCUCCACCACAAUCUUCUCAUAUAGAACGGGGUAGUAGCGAAGAAGGAUAUUAUAGUGGAGAAUCUGCAGCUGAGAGUUCGGGGACUCAAAGAGUAUAUUCGACUGGAGGGGAUUCUACCAGCGAUGAGACUUCUAGAAUCAGCAGUCGCAGAACAGAUCACGAGAUACCUAGUUCUACGUCUCGUCCUGCUGAAGUCCCGGAACAAUCUCAAUCUCAACCUCAAUUUCAGUCUCAAGAUCAUACUCCGAGACAACCGCCACAAUCCCUAUCAACAUCACAACCGCUAGAAACUAUCCCAGAACAGCCCGCAGAAGAAUCUACAGAAUCUCAAGACCCCACUACUACUACUACACCCCAAACCACCACCACCACCACCCUCGAACAUUCAGAUCCCCCCUUAGGACAAGGACAAAGACAAGCACAACCAGAGAGGGUAUACGCAGCUUCAGACCUCGAUUUCCCCGCGAUCCCCCAAGGCGGAAUAUACCUCAUCCCCCGCGCUCUAAACCCCUGGAUUGAACCUGCUCUUGCAUCCAUCGAAAACCAAAUACCACCUCCACCUCCACCGCAUACCAGCCCCACUGGGUCAACAAUCGGUAGAACAAGAGAUAUCCGUACAGAAAGUUUUGAGUUCGGGUUUACUCCUAAUGAUAAUAAUAAUGACCAACAACAGCAGCAAGAACAACAGCAGCGACAACCGCAACAGUCUGAGGAGAGUCAGCAAGACCGCGAUAUGACAUUUUAUAUGAACCUAAACAGAGGAGAAGGUCUCGGCCACCGUGGGAGGGUAUCUCCAAGAUCUCCACCCGCGUCACCAAUCCGCGCAGGUAGCGCACGUAUAAUGCGUACCACAGCCUCAAUACCCGAUGACAACCAAACCCUUCACUCAUCUAGAACUGAAACCGAAUUCACCGAAAACACUGAAACCCAAUCUCAAUACCAAACCCACACCGAGAAUCAAUCUGAAAUAGACUUCCCCCCAGAACCUCCCACACUAAUCGACCGUUUCCGCAAAGCCUUACACCUCCACGUCCCCACGCCCUCUGAAAAAUCUGCAAAAAGGGAAUUCAAAAGAGCCCAACGAGAAUCAAAGGAAGCCGAAAUCGCUCAUCGUAAUCAAAGAAGAUACCAAGCCGCCGCCGAUAGAAUGAGAAAACAAUCCGAACUCCUUAAUGAAAUGAACCGUCGUCAAAACGCAAUAUAUCAUAGUCAAACUUUAAAGGACAAAUUGGGGUUCGAUGAGGAAGUAUUUAGAAAGAAAAUCAUAGAAGGUACUUUGAUGAAUAAACCUUCGGAUGCACCUGCUGAGAAGCCACCGAAUGAGAAUGGUAGUAGUGUCCCUAGUUCGGCGCCUUCGGAGCCGAGUGGGAGUCAUGCUAGUCUACCGAAUCCUGUGGGACUAGCUGCAGACGCAUUCGAUACCUCCAUGCCAGGAAACCUCCAACCCUCGCCGAAUGCACCGAUAGGAAUGGCCGUAGACGCAGAAGCCGAGACAAGACGAACGAUAAUGCGGGAAGAUCUGAAUAUAAAUAAACUAAGAACUCCUGCUCCGUCUCCACCUAGAUUCUAUGGUGAAGCACCUCAGAUGGUGCCAGAUACGCUUUAUAGACGACAUGAGCAUGAUCUAAGUCGAGCAAUGGGAAGGGAACCGUUUCUUAGAGAGAAUUGGGCUAGACACCAUGAGGAGAUUGAUCCGAGGUAUGGAGCUUUUGGGUCUGGAAGGUUUGGAGCUGGGAGUCCGGCGGCUGUUAGAUGGCAGAUUGGUCAUAGAGGGUUUCAGCGGCCGCCGAAUAGGCCGAGUAUUUUUGGGGGGGAUACUAGAAGACAUCCGCACUAUUUUGAUUAUGCCGAGUAUGAUGAACAUGAGUGGGAUGGAGGCGGUGGAUAUCGUGGAGCUGGAUUGAAUUGUGGUUGGUAG